UCUGUAUUUCAGAACAAUAUACAUGUAGACAAUGGACAUCCCGGACAGUAUAAAAGAAAACGUUCGAGCAGUUCUGCUAUCAAAGACAGAUGGUUCAGGUAUCCUAGUGAGUACAUUCCUCAAGGACUACAAGUCUAUUAUACAUAAACCUCUUAUGUAUAAAGAUUAUGGGUACCAGACAUUGGAGAAAUUUAUUAAAGAUAUACCAGAUGUUUGCAGAUUGGAGUACUCAGACCAACACAUGGCAUUCAAAUUAUUUGGAAUUGCUAAACCAAACACAUUUGUGUCUUCAUUUGUGAAGCGAGCAGAAGGUAAUGAAGAUUCAGACUCCAGUAGGAAGAGUAGCAACAAAGGGGAGAAAUUCGUGCCAACAAAUGAUCUCAAUGAGAAGUGGGAACCAAGUCCACGAGGAUUAUACUCCCUUUGUUUUCCAAACAAAAAGGGAAGCGGUUUAGAGUCUAAAGAGGCUGUUGCGAUGAAGUUUGCACAACUUGGUGAGGUAGUGGAGAUCAACGUUAUACCCUCGCUAACAUUUAUCAGGUACCGGGAUGAAAAGGUUGCAAAGAAGGCUAUAGAACUAUAUGGUGAGGAGUUAAAAUUGAGACGAGCGGAGGAGAGGCUGUCAAAAUCUGGGGGUCGUAAUAACGAUAGAAAGAACACUGGCGAUAGUGGAGGCUCACGCCAGGCUGGAUCAGAAAGAAACAAUGUAACAUCUGGUGGAAAUAAAUGGAGUCGAAAAGAACCAGACUUCGAUGAUGAUGAAAAUUGGGAUGAUGAUCAAGGGGCUCAGAAACCCAGCCCUGGGGGAUAUAGAGGGAGUUCAAUUAAAUCAGACAGUCAUGAACUUGGUCACAGAAGUGAUGGGGAAAAUAGAAACUAUAAUAAUUCAAGGGAAGCACAAAGUAGAGGUGGUGGAGACGCAAACAGGAGAAAUGAUGAUCGUCCAAGAGGGACAAGAGGAUCCAAACAAGGUGCAGGUGAUGGUCAUUCCCCAAGGCAAGAUGACAGUGCUUCUAGAUCAGGUCAGCAGAUGUCACCAGUAGAAGUGUAUAUUGGCAAUUGGCCCAACGAGGCCAGUGAGAGCGAUUUAGAAUCAUUGAUCAGCCCAUACAACUAUGUAGGAUGUAGAAUCUGUGGUGCAAAGGGAUCGAGCGUGAAAAAAUUUGCAUUUGUUGAUGCACAAGAUCAGAAAGAGGCAAACAGAAUUAUCAAUGACCUAAACAAAAGAACAUUCAGAAACAGAGAUUUACAGUGUAGACUAGGCAAUAGAAAAAAAGGUGACAAUCCACAGACACAUGAUGAUUCACACAAAGGGGGCAUAGAGAAACAGUUUGAGAAGCUUGCUGUACACAAGAGUUCACCAAGGCAAAAUGACAGUACGCCUCUUCUAGAAACCCACAGCCCUCCAUACAGGCAUAAUGACAGUAUGCCCCUUCUAGAAACCCCCAGUUCUCAAUACAGGCAUAAUGACAGUAUACCCCAUCUAGAAACCCCUAGUUCUCAAUACAGGCAAAAUGACAGUAUGCCUCUUCUAGAAACCGCCAGCUCUCAAUACAGGCAUAAUGACAGUAUGCCUCUUCUAGAAACCCCCAGCUCUCCAUACAGUCAUAUGCCUCCCCUGGAAAGCUUACCUAACGACAUGCCUCCACUGGAGAAGGUCUUAUCACCAGCUAUAGCAGCGGUAGAACGUCACCCAAGACAUGUUGACAUGCCUAAUCUGGAGGAGAUCUCCCCGAUAAAACAAGUGAAUGGUGUAGCAGACAGCAAUGCUUAUAAUCCUGUACAGCUCAGUGUAGGAAACUUCCCAUAUGGGACAUCUGAGAAUGAGUUAAUGAUGUUGCUGGGGCAGUUUGGUGCACACAAAGUCACAGUUAUGAAUAAUGACGUGACAUCAAGAAGCACCUAUGCUUUUGCUGACUUUGGAGAUGUGUCACAAGCUGUUGUUGCCAUGGACAACUUGGACCAGACUCUGUUCAAGGGGAGAAAACUGGUGGUCACAUUGACUAAUCCCGCAGCAAUGUUGCAUCAGCAAAAUGUUAGUCAGAUACCAAACUUGAUGUGCACUGUAACAGGAAACUCAGAACGCACUGUGGCUAUUCAAGGUAAACCACAGAUGUCACCAGCCUCUAUCAGCUUGAAUGCAGAGAAAGCUUUUGAGAGAUCGCUUAAACCAAAUAGAGGCAAUUUCAACUUCCAGCGUCUCACCACAACAUUACAAGAUUACACAAAGAUUGGUACAAAGAUGAGGGCAGAAGAUCACUUCCAGAGUUUCGUUGGUAUGAAAAUGUCCGUGAUGAUUACCCACGUCGAGAACGAGAAAUUCUUCUGGGGACAAAUCCUUGAAGAUUCUGCAAAUGGUGUUAACCAAGGUCUUCAUCGUCUAGAAACGCUGGCCAGUCGGCUGCAGCUAGAACCUAAAACCAGUCCUAUAAUUGGCUUAGGAAGAUGUGUUGCCAAGUUUGAAAAUGAAUGGUUCAGGGCAUGGUGUACUUUUGGGACAGAAAAAAAUGGACAGGAAAUGGGAGAGGUGAUAUUUAUAGACUAUGGAAACAAAGCGUUAAUUAAUAAGGCAGAAAUGUUUAAAGCUAAACAUUGUUUUUGGGCUCUUUCCCCCAAUGGCUUUUGCCAUUUAAGCUUGUAG